GGCAGAUCGGGAGCGGCGCAGAGAAAUUUCUUUACUAGAUGACAUUUCAUCGCAAUGUCCGAUCGUUUGGGGCAAAUAACCAAGGGAAAGGAUGGGAAAAGCAAGUACUCGACUCUCAGCCUGUUUGAUAAGUAUAAAGGAAAGUCAAUAGAAGCUAUCAGAACUACAGUUAUUCCUAGACAUGGCUUACAGAGUCUUGGGAAAGUUGCUGCUGCCCGGCGCAUGCCACCUCCUGCAAACUUGCCUAGCUUGAAGUCUGAGAACAAAGGAAACGACCCCAACAUCAUUAUAGUACCUAAGGACGGUACAGGAUGGGCAAACAAGCAGGAUCAGCCAGACCAAAAGAGUUCCAGUGUGACGGCUGCACAGCUGCAGGAGUCGCUGCCGCAGCAGGGUUUGCAGAAAUCUGUCUCCAAUUUACAGAAGCCGACACAGUCAAUCAGUCAGGAGAGUACAAAUUCAGUGCCAGGUGGACCAAAGUCAUGGGCACAGCUGAAUGGAAAGCCAGCAGGACAAGAAGGUGGUUCAAGGGCCUCAAGCCGACUGUUAUCCUUCUCUCCCGAGGAAUUUCCGACGCUGAAAGCAGCUGGCGAGCAGGACAAGGUUGGCAAAGAAAAGGGCGCCUUAGAUCCGUCGUAUGGGCCAGGACCAAGCCUCCGCCCCCAGAAUGUCACCAGUUGGAGGGAGGGCGGUGGGAGGAACAUAACCUCUGCUACAUCUCUGACCGCCUCCCCUGCUGAGCUGGGCAGCAAGACCCCCAGCGCCGGAGACGGAGCCCCCUCCUCAGUGAGCACCAGCGAUCCGAAGGAGCCGUCUCUCCGCCCAGCUCAGCCUGUCCGCAAAGGGGCUUCGCAGUUCAUGGGCAAUGUCUACCAGCCACCUACAUACCAUGACAUGCUACCUGCUUUUAUGUGUCCACAGCAGCCAUCUGAGACCCCUGCAUCACUGGACCGAGGGUCUUUCCCCCUUCCUCAGCUUCGGCUUGAGCCACGGGUACCUUUCAGACAGUACCAGAUGAAUGACCAGGAUGGAAAAGAGAACAGGCCAAGCCUGUCCCGCCCGACACGUCCAGUUCGGCAGCAAAUGGAGAGAGCACCUCGGCCCACCAUCAUCAAUGCAGAGAACCUGAAGGGGCUGGAUGAACUAGACAAUGAUGCAGAUGAUGGAUGGGCAGGUAUUCAUGAAGAAGUGGAUUACUCUGAGAAACUGAAGUUUAGUGAAGAUGAGGAAGAGGAAGAACCUCUUGCUAAAGAUGGACGACAGAAGUGGAACAGCUGGGAUCCCAGAAGGCAGCGACAGUUGUCCCUGAGCUCUGCAGACAGUGCAGAUGUCAAACACACCCUGGAGGAAGGAAAGAACUGGAGCGACUCGGUUGGCUUGUCCCGGUCAGUCCGGAAAGGGCAGGAUUCACAGCAGCCUCUGAGGAAGCUGAAUGGCUGGAGCUCUUCGUCUGAAUACCAGAAACCCACAGUGGGAAAUGUUCUCAGGCAGCAGUCCCUCGAGGAUAAAGAAGAAAAGGUGCCACUGAGACAGAAGUUUGUGCACUCUGAGAUCUCUGAGGCUGUUGAGAGAGCCAGGAGGCGGCGGGAGGAGGAGGAGCGGCGAGCCAGGGAGGAGCGUCUGGCAGCCUGUGCUGCAAAGCUGAAACAACUUGAUCAGAAGUGCAAACUGGCUCAGAAGAGUGGGGAGACCCAGAAACACCCAGAGAAUGAAGACGUGAGACCAGCAAGCACAGAGAAAAAUGCUGUGCAAGAGAACGGUCCUGCUUUCCGCAGAGCAACCCCUGAGUUUCACACACAAGAGGCCUCUGUUGGCUAUCUGGAAGAGGAGACGCCUGCCCCAGCAGCAGCAGCACAAAGCAGCAGUGAGGAGGAGCUCAGAGAAGCUCCCUCCCCAGCACAGGAGUUCAGCAAAUACCAGAAGUCUCUUCCACCACGGUUCCAGAGGCAGCAGCAGCAGCAACAGCAGCAGCAGCUGUACAAGAUGCAGCACUGGCAGCAACAGCAAGUCUAUCCUCCCCCAUCCCAUUCCCAUCCCCAGCGGACCUUCUACCCGCCACACCCCCAGAUGCUUGGCUUUGAUCCUCGCUGGAUGAUGAUGCCCUCUUACAUGGACCCUCGCAUGGCCCAGAGUCGCACCCCCGUGGAUUUCUACCCUUCAGCCCUUCACCCUUCAGGAAUUAUGAAGCCCAUGAUUCAGCAGGACUCCAUCGGUGGGAGCAGCUGUCGGUCUGAAGAUCAGAACUGCCAGGCAGGGCAGGCAGAAAGGAAAAGUGCUCCCUUGGACCCUGUGCCAGUGUGGGGCCAGGAGAGCUACACAUCCCUGCAGAGCAAAGGGUACUCCCUGUCACAUCAAAAGCAGGCUGACAGCAUCACUGUGGAGGGGCUGCAUGCCAGGAAUGACAGUUACUCUGCUGCUCCUGGAAGGCCGGAGAGUCUGAGCACCCAGCGAGAUCUCUUUGAAGACAGAGGGGAGGAGUACUUGAAUGCUUUUGACAAGAAGGCCCAAGCAGACUUUGACAGCUGUCUGCCUUCUCAGAGGAUAGGCCAAGAUCUCUUGUUUCAGCAUCAGGAGACCGUGCAGGAAACCUGUCCUGCUGGGAACCGCCAUGCGAACUUGAGGUGUUCGCCCCUAGAGCCUGACUUCAUCCAAGCAGAGAAGAAGCCUGAGUAUAAUGGCUGGGAUGUCAACCACCAUCAGAAACCUGCAGAGACUGCAGCAGAAGCUGCCGAAGAAGUGCCCAGGGAUGAGCAGUCAUUCAGUGCUGACCCAUGGAAGAAGGAAGGAGCCAAUACCAAACAGCCCACAGAAGAGACAACAGAGUGGGCUCCUGAGAACCGCAACACCGGUGGUCAGCACCAGGAGCAAAUGGGGAGGACGCGGCGAUCUGGCCCGAUUAAAAAGCCGGUCCUGAAAGCCCUCAAGGUGGAAGAGAAGGAGAAGGAGAUGGAGAAGGUUAAGCUUGAAGGAGAGGACACCUCACGCCCACUGAAGGAGAAGGCGGCUGUUCAGAAAGUAGAAAACGAGUCAGAUGAUUCUGCAGCCUUACUGAACUCCACACGUUACCUGCUGGAUGAAAAAGCUUCUUCCCAAGCCAGCCUUGCCCGGGAGGCUGAGAAAUCCCAAGAGGAAGAGGAGGAAGAAGAGGAGGAAGAGAAGCCAGAAAGAGCCUGGGAGAACAAACUAUCCAGAGAAUCCGGUGAUCUCCCUCCCACCAAAAGAAACAACUGGAUCUUCAUUGAUGAGGAGCAAGCCUUUGGUGGGAGAGGUCAAGGGCGUGGACGAGGGAGAGGCUUCCGAGAGUUCACUUUCAGAGGCCGAGGCACUGUCGUGGGCAGCCGGGGGGUCUAUAACAACCAGCGGAGCAGCCGAGGGCGAGGGCUGCGGGAGUUCAACCAGGCAGAGGACUUCCCCAGGGGCAAGCCAAGGCGCCGCAUUGCGAGCGAGACGCACAGCGAGGGCUCAGAGUACGAGGAGCUCCCCAAGCGUCGCCGGCAAAGGGGCUCAGAAAACAGCAAUGAAGGCUCCGUGCUGGACCGGGAGGACAGUGAUUUGAAAAAGGGAGACUUCAAAGAGUCUUGGAGGUCCAACAAAAUCUAUUCAGAUGAUCACAAUAGUCUGGAUCCUAAGAUGAGGGCGCCGAGAGCUUUUGGGAGAUCAUUGCCGCCAAGACUGAGCAACUCUGGCUAUGGGAGAAGGGGCUUCAUGGGGAAGGAGCCCACCCAGUGGCAAGGCAGGAGUGGAGGAGCAGGGUGGCAGGAGUACAGCCACACGUCUCCAUCGGAUGCUUUUGGGAGCAGGCAGCAGGCUGACAGGGACUACAUUCAGGAUUCUUACAAACACGUGGAUUCCUUCUCCAGCCGGGUUUUUGAUGAGAGUCAUCUGGAUGACAAAAGGCACUUUUUCCAAGAGGAUUACUCAGCAGAUCAGGAGAACAUAGAGAACAGGCCGUUCAGGAGGCGGCGGCCCCCCCGCCAAGACAAGCCCCCGCGAUUCAGGCGCCUCAGGCAAGAGAGGGAAUCAGUUGGCCAGUGGAACCCUGAGGAGGGAGGCCCCAACCUGCUGCCCAGCCAGUGGCCUGGAAGACCCAAGCUGACCACUGCAGAGAAGAGCAGCAUUUCGGGCAGACGCUCUCCUGAGCUGUCCUACCAGAACUCAUCAGACCACGCCAAUGAGGAAUGGGAGACAGCAUCUGAAAGCAGCGACUUCAGCGAGCGGCGGGAGAGGCGAGAUGGAGUUUCAGAGAGCGAAGCCCAGCUGGAGGGGGGCCUCGGGAGUGGGAGCUUGGGAGAGAAGAGGGAGCUGGCAAAGAGGAGCUUCUCAAGCCAGAGGCCACUUGUGGACAGGCAGAGCCGCAAGGCUGAGCCAGCAGGGUUUGCAGAGCAGUCCGUCAGGAGUGGUGUUGGAGCAGCUUCCAGAUAUGAGAGCCAGCAGAGCGGGACGCUGAUAAAAAGCAAAAGGUCUCCAGAAGAAGGAGGGAGCCUUGGUAACACCAGUGGUGGGAGCAGCCACUCCAUUUACAGCUUGGAUAGGGCCUCCCAUGCCAACUCAGAGUGUGCUGAGGGGCCAGGUAAAAAGCCAGAGAAGGAGUCCAAAUCCACUGCGCAAAGAGCAAGUGAGAAGGGGGAGGCCUUGUCACAGUUUGAACUGAGUUAUGGAAGUACCAUCAUUGAUAAUCGGGUGUCAAACACAGCAGAGGAGAAUGAAGUAGGUUCUAUGGCAGGUGAAGGCUUCAUUGAGGUUCUUACUAAGAAGCAGCGUCGCUUGCUGGAAGAAGAGCGAAGGAAGAAGGAACAGGCUGCUCAGGCACCAGCUAAGGCCCGUGUCCUUCAGUCUCGCAUUCCUCCUCGGUUUGCUAAGAAGCAAAACAGCUUGUGCUUGGAGCAAGGUGAUGUAACGGUGUCUGGAAACAGCCUGGGCACAGAGAUCUGGGAGAGCAACAGCCCAGCUCUUUCUGUUCAGUCUCCUGGCAGUGAUUCCUGGAGCAAGCCUGUAAAUACCUUUAAUGGUACUGAAUCUAGCACCACUGAGCAGGGUUUUAAAGGCAGCCAGGGGGAUAGUGGCAUUGACUUGAGCGCGGAGUCUCGGGAAUCCUCCGCUACCUCCUCCCAGCGCAGUUCUCCGUAUGGCACCCUCAAACCGGAGGAGAUGAAUGGGGCUGGCCUGGUGGACCCAAAGCCUGACUGCCAGAAGGAGCAAGUGCAGAAGCAAUCUGAUAAAAAGGAUUCAGAUCAAGGCUCAGGACAGAACAAGGAACACAAGCCUGGACCAAUCGGCAACGAACGCUCCCUGAAAAACAGAAAGGGUUCGGAGGGAACGGAACGGCUGGAAGGGAAUAUUCCCCCUGUUAACGGGGUGGAAAUUCACGUGGAUUCUGUACUUCCUGUGCCACCCAUUGAAUUUGGAGUAAAUCCUAAAGAUUCUGACUUCAGCUUGCCACCUGGUUCUGCCUCUGGCACUGCAGCUAACCCUGUCACCAAAUUGCAGGAUGCCUUGGCCAGUAAUGCAGGGUUAACGCAGUCCAUUCCCAUUCUGCGAAGAGAUCAUCACCUCCAGCGGUGCAUUGGCCUCAACCCAAUGUCCUUCCCCACUGCAGACCUUACUCUUAAGAUGGAGUCUGCUCGUAAAGCUUGGGAAAACUCUCCUAGUUUACCAGAACAGAACUCCCCGGGAGGCGCAGGCUCAGGCAUCCAGCCUCCUUCCAGUGUUGGAGCCUCCAACGGUGUCAGCUACAGCUCUUUUGGUGGAGUUUCCAUGCCUCCUAUGCCUGUGGCAUCUGUAGCACCUUCUGCAUCUAUUCCAGGUAACCAUAUUCCACCCCUGUAUCUGGAUGGCCAUGUGUUUGCAAGUCAGCCCCGCCUGGUCCCUCAGACGAUACCUCAGCAGCAAAGCUACCAACAGGCUGCUGCUGCUCAACAGAUUCCCAUUUCCCUCCACACAUCCUUACAGGCCCAAGCUCAGCUUGGACUGAGGGGUGGUCUGCCUGUUUCCCAGUCCCAGGAGAUGUACAGUUCCAUUCAGCCCUUCAGGUCUCAGGUGUAUAUGCACCCCAGUCUGUCUCAGCCCAGCACCAUGGUCCUGACAGGAGGCACAGCUCUGAAGCCUCCCUAUUCCGCCUUCCCAGGCAUGCAGCCCUUAGAGGUGGUGAAAACCCAGUCUGGGUCCCCCUACCAGCCCAUGAAUGGAAGCCAGACACUGGUUUAUGAAGGCCAGAUAAACCAGGCGGCUGGCAUGGGAGCCUCCCAGAUGAUGGACUCUCAGCUUACGCAGCUAACGAUGCCUGUGCCUGGCUCUCAGCUUCCUCUGCCCCGCUAUGGCUCUGGCCAGCAGCCCCUGAUUCUACCACAGUCCAUCCAGCUUCCUCAGGGGCAAAACCUGCCUGUAGGAGCUCCCCGAAGAAUCCUCCCUCCUGGAUCCCAGCCUUCUGUUCUUGCUACCAGCAGGGAGUCCUCCCACAUGGAAAUGAAAGGGUUUCAUUUCUCUGAUGGUAAACAGAGUAUGUCCUCUGGAGGGUCUGUACCAUCACCACAUACGUACAGGCCUAGCUCUGCCAGCCCAAGCGGGAAGCCGUCUGGACCAGCAGUUAGUAUGGGCUCUGUGCAAGGACACUAUGUACAGCAGGCAAAGCAGCGGGUGGAUGAGAAUAAAGCCAACUUGGGAGCAGUAAAGCUGCAAGAAACAGCCUCCACAAACCAGAUGAAGCCAGUGCGCACAGGAGCGAUCAAACCUCAGGCAGUCAAAGUGGAGGAGAGCAAGGCCUAGGAGCACCUCCGAUGCCCGGCUGGUCCUGCUGCCUGAGAGGCCCUGCAACUUAGACUGGACCCCACUGGAUCUCCUGAAAAUUGCCAGACCUACUCCCUGCCCCACAUUGACUGACUACAGCAACAUCAUCCAAGCCUGUCUCCCAACAAAGCAGUUUGAAAACAGUGGAUAUGACAUUGACCUGCUUGCUUUAAAACCAACCAUGUGACUUUUAAGUGGCUUGAGCCAUUUGUUUUUAUUUUUAUUCCCCCCCCCCUCCCCAUACCCCAUCCCCAGGUAGCUGUGAUCGCUCACUUGGCAAAUCCCAUUCUCCUUCCCUACUUCUGUCUCAGCAGAGUGGCAACUGGGGGAGAGGGGUUAGUUUGAGGUUUUUCAUUUUAAAGGCAGCUGAGGUUUUUACAGAAAUGCUAUAUCUUUGUUUAUAGCAGAACUUUUAUAUGUUCUCUCAUUUCCCCCCACCCUUCUUUCUGUUUUCCUCAUUCCUUUCCAAAAAGAAUUCCCUCCGGCUCAAAUUAUGUUCUGACAAAA